AUGAAGGUGGUGAAUUACGUGGAGAAGUAUCUGGAAAAGCCAACGACGACCCAUUACACGAUUCGGGAACGGGAGGACUGGGAACUGCCUCAACUGAUCUUCUGUCAGGAUCCUCCGUUCCAUUCCGAGAGGACGAUGGAUUCCCAAGGCGGCUUCGCGAUAUAUUACGAACUUGGGAAUGUGUUCCUCGACUUUCAGGGCAUCUACGAAAACGGACGCAACUUGACGGAGUUCAUGGAAAACGCGACGGCGAAGGGGAGCGAGAUCUUCGCGAGCAUCAAAUUCGGGAACUCGGACGAGGAGAAAAUGCGACGAGUCGAUGGGGAAGGGGGACCUCUCGACGUCGAAACGCCCGGUCCCUGGAUGGGAGUGAACUCCACCUGUCGCACUUUCGAGGAAUUUCAGAUGUUUACAGAGGAGUACACGAAUUUGGUCCUGUUGAAUCCCGAAGAGUACGAGUCUCUGGGAUGCAGGUGCCUCGAACGAUGUCGAAUGUCCCGGUAUCGGCCCACUAUUUCGAGGAGCCAGAUACAGCCCAAGGAAAAAUAUCUCAACUCCUUCCUCGUGAACGUCUACUUGGCCAACNGCACGAACGGGGUGCUUCUUCGAAGUUUCAAGUUUCGUUGA